CCCUCUGGCUCUCUUUCUAUUCACUUUCUUUUCCUAAGUUACCUAACAACAUUGGUCCAUCAUUUUAUGCCUUCUCAUGCCCAUUUACCUAACAACCCCAUAGAGUCUCCCCUGUUCAAACUGUUGUAAACGCACGGGUAUAUAAUUGUAGUGUGCAUCUUGACCAAAGAUAUUUUCGUUGGAAAGUCUCUAACUCCGACCAAUCUUAGAGAGGGCUAAACUAGUACUGAUUGAUUGACUAGUACUUCGACUACAGUUUUCCUCGCUUUUCUCUUUCUCUUCCUCUUUCAAUCAGGGUCCAGAGUAGAGAAAGAGAAAAGAUGGGAUCAGUUGCGAAAAAGAGUUUGGAACAGUAUCUGUUUCAGCUUCAAAAGCACCCAUUACGAACAAAGGCAAUCACUGCAGGAGUUUUAUCAGCAGUCAGUGAUAUAGUGUCUCAAAAGCUCUCUGGUAUUCAGAAGCUUCAACUCAGACGCCUUCUUCUCAAAGUGAUUUUUGGAGCUGCAUAUCUUGGACCACUGGGGCACUACUUUCACAUGUUUCUGGAUAAGCUUUUUAAAGGAAAGAAGGACACCAAAACGGUUGCCAAGAAGGUCGUGCUGGAACAGGUUACUAUUUCACCGUGGAACAACUUGUUUUUCAUGAUUUUCUAUGGGUUGGCAAUUGAGGGAAGACCUUGGAUGCAUGUGAAAUCCAAAAUCAAGAAGGAAUAUCCAGCAGUGCAAUAUACUGCAUGGACGUUCUGGCCCGUGGUGGGAUGGAUAAAUCACCAGUAUCUACCACUGGAGUUGCGAGUUGUCUUCCAGAGUAUGGUUGGAUUAUGCUGGGGAAUAUAUUUGAAUCUUCGAGCAAGGUCUUUGGCAUUGACGAAAGGUUAAGCAUAUGGUUUAGGUCAGGGAGAUUAAUCUAUGGAGCUUAAUACUUUUGAGAGGAAACAAAAGGAAUGUAUCCUUGGACAUUCUUGCAUUGUUUUGCUCUUUCCUUCAUGUCGUCGCCCGUGUUCUUUCUUGCUUAACAUUGAUCAUGUUAGCAAAAGUUGGCUAGCUUUUAAUUGUGGAGUCAUGGAGUACAAAUGUGUUGAAUCUAUGUAGUCGUGUGUGUGGGAUCAAGACUAAGAAUUAUUAGCUGUCUUCUGGUUAUCAAUGUGAUAUUUUCAUAAGUUGAUUCUCUAAA